AUGACCGCCGUUCCAUCCAAGCGCCAGAAACUGGCUGCUCAAAAGCUGUUGAGCGAAGGCACGCCGACCGAAGUCUUGACGUUCGAAGCACUGUCACUCCUGGGCCAACGACAGGAACACCAACACCAACACCAACACGAAGCAGACACGGACGUAACCAAUGGCGACAGAUCAGCAGAACAAACCCCAAAUCCACAAUCAACCCAACCUCCUGAAGAGCAAUCUCAAUAUACUCCCCCUCCGCCCCAGACCGAACUAGAACUCGAAAUCGAACAGCUUUCCUCCACCGGCGACGGCCUGGCCUACUCGGCCGACAAGAACCAUGUCUACGUCGUGCCCUUCUCCAUCCCCGGAGACCGGGUUCUGGCCAAGACAUUUCCGCAAAAGCCCAAUCCUCUGUUCACGCACCUGGAUUUCAUCCAGGUCCUUCGGCCGUCUGCCCAACGUGAAGGCGUGACGCCGGGCUGCAAGUAUUUCACCGUCUGCUCCGGCUGUCAACUCCAGAUGAUGUCGUACGAGGACCAGCUGCGACACAAGAAGACGAUCGUGGAGAAGGCGUUCAAGUAUUUCUCCAACCUGGAUCCGUCGCGUAUCCCGCCCGUCGGUGAGACGGUCGGGUCGCCGCUGCAGUAUGGCUACCGCACGAAACUGACGCCGCAUUACGACAAGCCGCCCAAGGGGGCCGACGACAAGACCCUACCUGCCAUCGGGUUUGGGAUGAAGGGGACUCGCCGCGUGCUGGAUAUCGAGCAGUGUCCGAUCGGCACGCCGAUCUUGAAUGAGGGAUUCCCUAUUGAGCGCAAGAAGGUGUAUCAGACGUUUCGGAAGAGGAAGGCUGGUGCGACGAUUCUGCUGCGCGAGUCGACGUCACGGAAACCGAUCCAGUCCGAUACAGAGAAGAAUGGGAGUGAAGCUACUCGAAACGAUGAUACUAUGGCUCAGAAUAUCGGUGAUUCAGCAGCGAAUCGUGAUGCUGGUCUGACCAGCAAGCCAGAUCAGACCGUUCAGACCGAACCGAACAGCGAGUCAGUGGCAUCAAAGAACGAGGACUUGAACUCCGUGUCACGACUAGAAGCCUACAUCGCCUCUCACAAUUCGGCUCCUUCGCCCCUGACCCUACCCGCCCCCAAACCGCUCUCGGUCCGACGUCGCAGACGAAGCAGCGGUUCGCCCGAGAUCAUCUACACCUACGACACAUACAAGGACAUCAAAACAUACACGUCGACCGGGACGGACUGGACGACCGAACACGUCGGGGAAUUUGUGUUUGAGAGUCGCGCCAAUUCCUUCUUCCAGAACAACAAUUCCAUCCUGCUUUCCUUCAUCCGCUAUGUGCGGGAGAAUUGUCUGCCACGAGAGGAGGACGACACUACUAGCAAUGACAAUAACAACAGCAACAGCAAUGACACUGAGACGGCCAACAAGAAUCCUACAAUAACCUCUCCCACCACCUCUCCCAGCACUCCUUCUACCAAAACCCCACCCAUCAAAUAUCUCCUCGACGCCUACUGCGGCAGCGGCCUCUUCGCAGUAUGUCUGUCGCCGCUCUUCUCGUCCGUGCUCGGCAUCGACAUCGACGUCCAAGGCGUCGAAGCCGCGCGCCACAACGCCACCGCCAACGCCAUCCCCAACGCCGGCUUCAUCGCCGCGGACGCCGAAUACAUCUUCGCCGACGUCCCCUUUCCGCCGGACCAGACGGCCGUCGUGAUCGACCCGCCGCGCAAGGGCGCCAGUGUGGAUUUCCUCCGCCAGCUGUGUGUCUUUGGCGCCCGGCGCGUCGUCUAUGUCAGUUGCAAUGUGCACACCCAGGCGAGGGAUGUAGGCAUGUUGGUUUCGGGGUUUGAUGAAGUCAAACCCCAAGGAGGUGGAGAUGAGAAACAACCCGGAGGACAUGGGAAGAUUCUUGGUGGUGCCACCGCUAGACCUAGACCUCAAUGGAGAUACGAGAUUGAGAGUCUGAGAGGGUUCGAUUUCUUUCCACAGACGGGACAUGUCGAGGGAGUGUGUUUCUUGAAUCGGGUGCCGAAUUGA